AUCUGUAAAUUGUUGUAUUUUACACUUGCUACAGGUGAGAACGGGAGACAGGUGUUUGACUUACGGUAAUUGGAAUUACUUCACUUAGACAACGACUAUGAAAUACAACUGUGCUUGGCUUGUGAUGAUGUUGUUGGCGCUGCUUAGCGGAGCCUGGGGCUCCAGCUGCCCCACCGGCUUCAGCACCGAGAAGAAUAUCUGCGUCAAGGAGCGACCAGUGCAUGGCACCUGUCCGCCUGGGUCCAACUACCAGCUAAAUAUCAACAAGUGCGUGCAUGCCUAAGCUAUCUGAUAUGUGUACAUGUUUUAUAAAUACGAAAACGUUUGCGGCUGAUUAAAUCUUUGGUGAACAAAUCGAAUCGAGUCAGGUACAAAUCAAAACCCAA